UUCACCGUUUUGUUAACUUAAAAUGGGGCAUUCCGAGUUACUUUCUUACGACAACCCCGUGUUUGCGGCUUACGCCUUCUAUGCGGCACUCCUAGCUGUAAAGAUGGUCUUCGUUCAACUGUGGACCGGCGUACAGAGGAGCAAACACAAUGUACCUGCAGUACAGGAGGAUGCCUAUAUGCAUUCUAAAGACUCAAAACCGUCGGAGAAUGAAAACGUGGAGAGGGUGCGACGGGCUUUGAUAAACGACUUGGAGAAUAUCCCCACAUUUCUCAUCAUUUCUCUCGCUUACGUUUUGACCAGACCGACUCUGUCUAUUGCCAUUUGGCAUUUUCGUCUCUUCACAGUAGGACGUGUUAUGCACACCGUGGCCUACCUGUUGGCUCUUCAACCCUACCGCUCAAUUGGCUUUACAAUCAGCCUUUUUGUCCACGUUUCUGUCGUUGGUCAAAUCAUCAUACAUGCUCUGUAACUUGUGGUUUUGAUGAGAGCAAGAAGCAAGAACACCUCUAUAUGAUUAAUUGAUUUUGUUGACAUUUCUGCGGGUUGUGUCACACAUUAGUAACGUUUUAAUGGCAAAUAAUGAUCAUAGCAGAAUCCUAUGACUUGGGUAAUGUAAUAAAUAAAAAGUAUUGAUUUGGUCACGUGUUA